CAGUGUCGCGCGCUCCGCCGCCACCAAACCUUCGCUGCCAUAUAUACUGAUUUGUGAACAUUUUCUCACCAGUUUAUGCAAUAUUAUGACAUUUGACUCAUGUGGGUAUCGUGACUUGCUCUUAUAUAAUGUCACAACAGUGCUAUAUAUAACACGAAAACUUAUUUGAUAUAAUUUGGUGAAUUAUAUCCAGUGACAAAUAUUUUGCAUAUUUAAGUGUAACAGUUACAUUUGUAAUAUAGAAAAGCUUCCCAGACAUCGUGCGAACAUAAAUAAAACCUUAAUUAAGUGACCCCAGGAUAAAAAGUGAAUAGAUGUGUGAUGUGAAGAAUGAAUGUGUGAGGAAUGUGUGAGGGAAGGUGAGGCGGGAGGCACAGCGUGUCUCCUCAUAUAGUGAGGUAGUGCAGGUGCCUACAGGGCCGCCUCGAGGAGCACACCUCACGCCCCGACGGUAACGUUAUCAUGCCUACAGUGGCCGUCAAGGCCCUCAAGAAGGGCGUGAAGAAGGGCAAGAGGUCAGGCAAGGCCGCUACGACCCUCAAGAAUAAUAAAUCAACACCUAACACCAUGACUGAGAAACUGAAAGGCAGAGACGGCGCUCCAGCUGCAAAAAGAGUGAAGGCUGGUGGUAGAGGUGUGCCACUUCGGAAAAUUGAUUACAAGAUUGACCCAAGCUAUCAGUUCAGUGAGGCUCCUGUGGAGAAGGUCGACGACCCUUCAAAUUUUCACCCAAAGUACUUUUUACGGACACACUCCAAGAACAAUGACCCGGCUGAUGUACAGACGCAAAUAUGGCAGUGUUCAUUUGAGCCCAACCAGGAAAAGGCCAACUCGAUGACCAAUGUGGUAGCAACUUGUGGAGGCUCCUCUGUGUGUUUUAUUAAUGUGGACGAUGGAGAGGUGGUUCUCAAAUACAAUCGCAGCACAAAAACAGCAACGGCUGGAGAAAAUCUUUAUGCACAAGUUUGGUCAACACUUCCACUGGACGACCUUGGAAUUAAAACCAUGAAUAUUUUAGCUGCUGGCGGUGCUCGCUCCACUGUUCUCUUGAUCCACCCUGAAGCUGGCGUCUGCUACCAGAUGUUCCGUACAGUGCCAAAUAGAGCCGCAGCGGUAGUCUGCGCCCUCAUAUUCCAUCCCAAGAAAGCUACGUGGUUGUUCUGUGGUCAUGAAGAUGGACAAAUUCAACUGUGGGAUGUAGGAACCCCAGCCUUGCCUAGCUACGAGGCAACUGCAGUGCAUUUGCUGACUAUUCCUGCUGUAGCCAGAGAUGUUUACAACUUGACUUUCUCGUGCUCUCAUGACAUGCUCAUUGCUGGGUGUGAUGGGGGGCUGUUUGGAUGGAAGAUAGACAUGCAGAAGAUUGAAGCUAAUGACAGACUAGAGCGGACAGAAUUCAUGCUUCCAGAAGUAGAUGGUAAUGGAUCAGUUUUGGACUCCGUGUGUAUGCUGCGUGACGACCUUCUUGCGGCGAAAUGUGCCCUUCACGGCCAGAUCUACAUCUUCUCUCUUGCACGAGCUUUGAAGAAGAGAGCCUUGAAUAAGUCUGGGGCUCAGUACGAGGCUCCUGUAACACAGGAUAUGAUGCUCAAGCUCCGAUGGAGUGACACUGAUAAUUACUACAUGAACAUGGGAGUUGACCCAAGAUCAUGUAUUCUUGUGUGUGGUGAUGACAAAGGAGCUCUGUGGGUGUAUGAUGUUGCCGACUACGUCACUGGUAAAAUCUCCAGCCCGCUAUCCGAAGGGCCAGAAUUGCCACAAAUCGAACCGGUCAAAAUUUUAGACUGGCCUGAGUUGGAAGAUGCAGAGGUGGAGAAAGCUCGAAAACUGCGCCUGGACACGUAUGACAUUGUUGUAGACAAGUGUGCAGUGUCGUCGGGCGGUCACCACAUUGUUGCAGUUACAUCAAACAACAUGGUCUGUGUCUGGAAAAGAGGGAAGGAAGACGAUGAUGAAGAUAAUUAAAAAUAUGUAAAAAAGUAGGAAAUAAGAUUUCAGCAAGUCACUAAGACAUGCAGGAAGCUUUUAUUACUUGGGAUAAUUUACAAAAAUAAUAUAAAAAUAAUGACAUUAUUAUGUAAAGCAAGCAUGCGAUAUUAAUUAUUUUAUUAGGAUUAUUAACGACAGAGAACUUUGAUAUUACAAUUACCAAAUAAUAAUGUUCAUGGUCUUGAGGAUCCAGCAUCAGAAGUGUUAUUUGUUAAUGAGGCAUUUGUGCCACUGCUGGCAUAAUGGGUAAACUGGCCUCUGCUGAUGGCAACAAUAAAUGUCUCACACCUCUGAAAUUCAUGAGACUAAAUAAUAAGUUUUGUGAUAAACAAAACCUGGAUAUGACUUCAUUUGUACAACAAGAAGAGUUAUGUUGAGUAUACCAUAGUUAUUAUUUUGUUCCCAUGUUGUUGUUGUUUUUUUUAUGUAUAUAUGUACCAAGCUCAGUACAUGACAGGAAGGCAGCACAGAUCGUUAGAAUUGCUCCAGUGAUACAUAGGAAGGUACUCUUAGGCCUAUUUUUAUAUUUUUUGAGCACUAUGUGAAGCAGCCAAUUAGUGGGGUCAGUUAGCUGAAGCAAACAUUGUCAGUCAUCUAGUCCGCCUCUUCACUGCCAACGUCUUGACAAACUAUAUUAAAAAAAUAUGUUUCAAAGCCCAAAUGAUGCCCUUGUAACAAUGAGACAUUUUAUCCCAUUUUGUAACUCAAAAUUGAAUUGUCAGUUUGUAGUUGAAUUUGACGCUGGUCGAGCUUCACAAUUGCCGGCAUUAGAAAAGAUGGUUGAUGUCUUCAAUGUUGUUUGUAUGAUUACAAAAAAACUUAAAUGUACUUAAUAAGGGAUUGAAUCAGUUGCCAGAUUUAUUGCUAAGUAUUAUUCUCUAAAUAAUUUAAAAUUUUUGUUGUUACAUUUUGUAAUGAGAAGGUUGCAUGUUUUAAUGUUUUGGAACUUGGAGCAGCUAUGGAAGUAGUCAGGUGCUGACAUUAAUAUACCUUUUGUUAAUGUCUAAAAUAUUUGUGUUACUACCCGUGUGUUUCUCCACUACUGUAAUUGUUAGUGGGUGUAAUUGCAUGAAGCAUCCAUUAGUAAAUUGAUAAAUUGGUGGUAAAUUGUUCUGUUAUAAUUUAAAUCCAUUUCCUUAAUUAGUGCUUAUUUAAGUUUCACCAGAAAUUAUUUGUAAAUUUCUUAAGUUGAAAAUUUUUAAUUAUUUUGAUAUAUGCAGCCAGAGACCUGAAGAAAAUAUGACAUCUCUCUUUUAUGUAACUUAGUAACACUAGUCCAGAAGAGCUGACUUUACGAUGGCUGACAGGAAUUUUAACUUUCCCUCAGAUUUCUAAAGAUAUUUGGUGAAUUCUUAUUUUGUUAGACCCAUGUUUAUCUGGGUUUUAUUGUAACCCGUAGAGUGCGUGCUGCUAGCUGUGUCUUAAGUAAUUAUUGAAUGGAUCAAAGCUUACAAUAAGCAGUCAAAUAUUGUGAUAUAAUUUUUAAGCUUCCUAAUGUAGUAAGCUGUAUCGGUUCCUAAUCUACAGCUGGUUAAGAUUGCAAGGCAUACUUAAUACAGGUUCUUACAGAAAACAUUUAAUUCAUACUGCUGAAUUUAUGUAAGGGUAAUUAAUGUUUGGUAGCAGCUGAGUAGAUUGUGUGAAUAAUGGCGGGAGUAUCUGUUAAGAGGUACUAGAUGCAAUGCUGUAGGGUGUCCGAGGGUAUCCCUGCUGCUAGUGUGUAUGCUGUAGGGUGUCCAAGGGUAUCCCUGCUGCUACUGUGUAUGCUGUAGGGUGUCCGAGGGUAUCCCUGCUGCUACUGUGUAUGCUGUAGGAUGUCCGAGGGUAUCCCUGCUGCUACUGUAUAUGCUGUAGGGUGUCCGAGGGUAUCCCUGCUGCUACUGUGUAUGCUGUAGGAUGUCCGAGGGUAUCCCUGCUGCUACUGUGUAUCCUGUAGGAUGUCCGAGGGUAUCCCUGCUGCUAGUGUGUAUGCUGUAGGGUGUCCGAGGGUAUCCCUGCUGCUAGUGUGUAUGCUGUAGGGUGUCCGAGGGUAUCCCUGCUGCUAGUGUGUAUGCUGUAGGGUGUCCGAGGGUAUCCCUGCUGCUAGUGUGUAUGCUGUAGGGUGUCUGAGGGUAUCCCUGCUGCUACUGUGUAUGCUGUAGGGUGUCCGAGGGUAUCCCUGUUGCUACUGUGUAUGCUGUAGGGUGUCCGAGGGUAUCCCUGCUGCUAGUGUGUAUGCUGUAGGGUGUCCGAGGGUAUCCCUGCUGCUAGUGUGUAUGCUGUAGGGUGUCCGAGGGUAUCCCUGCUGCUAGUGUGUAUGCUGUAGGGUGUCCGAGGGUAUCCCUGCUGCUACUGUGUAUGCUGUAGGGUGUCCGAGGGUAUCCCUGCUGCUACUGUGUAUGCUGUAGGGUGUCCGAGGGUAUCCCUGCUGCUAGUGUGUAUGCUGUAGGGUGUCCGAGGGUAUCCCUGUUGCUACUGUGUAUGCUGUAUGGUGUCCGAGGGUAUCCCUGCUGCUACUGUGUAGGGUGUCCGAGGGUAUCCAGGUUGCUACUGUGUAUGCUGUAGGGUGUCCGAGGGUAUCCCUGUUGCUACUGUGUAUGCUGUAGGGUGUCCGAGGGUAUCCCUGUUGCUACUGUGUAUGCUGUAUGGUGUCCGAGGGUAUCCCUGCUGCUACUGUGUAGGGUGUCCGAGGGUAUCCCUGCUGCUACUGUGUAGGGUGUCCGAGGGUAUCCCUGCUGCUACUGUGUAGGGUGUCCGAGGGUAUCCCUGCUGCUACUGUGUAUGCUGUAGGAUGUCCGAGGGUAUCCCUGCUGCUACUGUGUAUGCUGUAGGGUGUCCGAGGGUAUCCCUGUUGCUACUGUGUAUGCUGUAGGGUGCCCGAGGGUAUCCCUGCUGCUACUGUGUAUCCUGUAGGAUGUCCAAGGGUAUCCCUGCUGCUACUGUGUAUACUGUAGGAUGUCCGAGGGUAUCCCUGCUGCUACUGUGUAUGCUGUAGGAUGUCCGAGGGUAUCCCUGCUGCUACUGUGUAUGCUGUAGGAUGUCCGAGGGUAUCCCUGCUGCUACUGUGUAUCCUGUAGGAUGUCCGAGGGUAUCCCUGCUGCUACUGUGUAUGCUGUAUGGUGUCCGAGGGUAUCCCUGCUGCUACUGUGUAUGCUGUAGGAUGUCCGAGGGUAUCCCUGCUGUAGGGUGUCCGAGGGUAUCACUGCUGCUACUGUGUAUCCUGUAGGAUGUCCAAGGGUAUCCCUGUUGCUACUGUGUAUGCUGUAUGGUGUCCGAGGGUAUUCCUGCUGCUAGUGUGUAUGCUGUAGGGUGUCCGAGGGUAUCCCUGUUGCUACUGUGUAUGCUGUAGGGUGUCCGAGGGUAUCCCUGUUGCUACUGUGUAUGGUGUCCGAGGGUAUCCCUGCUGCUACUGUGUGUGCUGUAUGGUGUCCGAGGGUAUCCCUGUUGCUACUGUGUGUGCUGUAUGGUGUCCGAGGGUAUCCCUGCUGCUACUGUGUAUGCUGUAGGAUGUCCGAGGGUAUCCCUGCUGUAGGAUGUCCGAGGGUAUCCCUGCUGUAGGAUGUCCGAGGGUAUCCCUGCUGUAGGAUGUCCGAGGGUAUCCCUGCUGCUACUGUGUAUGCUGUAUGGUUGAAGGUCGUGCUUGCCAAAAUAAAUGUUUACCUCAUGUUGUCUGGUUGAGCCAUUACUGUAAGUAAUGGCUGAGCAAGACUGUACAGUAAUUGCAAAUAAGAUAGCAUGAUUGUUGAGUAUGUAAUAUAAUAAUGUGUACAGAUGAGUCUCUUAUGUAUAUAAGUAUUCCAGUCAGUGAAUGAAUAUUUAAGUUACCAAGGUACAAUAUUAACAAAGGUCUGAAAUCUGAUCACAGUAGAUUGUAGGAAUAACAUUCAAAUGCAUCACUUGAUAAAAAUGAUCAAAAUGUACCAGGUUCCUGUAUUUUUGUUGUAUUAGAUAUUGGGAAAGCUUUUGUUUCAUCAUCAGAAGCAGACUUUAUAUGCAAUAUUCCACGAUCUCAUUUCUUCCUGGCAAAAACUCCACUGUUGACAUAAUAAGGUAACAGUAAGGAAACAAAAUAGGCAAAUUUUGUAUUUUUGAACAAAAAUAAACUACUGUUCCAACCUA